AUGGGAAUCCACAAUCUCCUGCCAUUUGUAAAGAAGGCAUGUCGACAGGGAAAUGUCCGAGAGUUUUCCGGUUGUUCUGUAGCUGUUGACGUUAGUUGUUUAUUACAUAAAGGAUUGUUUGGUUGUUCGGAGAGUCUAGCGCAAGGAAAGAAAACUACAUUGUGGGGUUACAUUUACUAUGUGAAGAAGCAUAUAAAGGCGUUGCUCGACCUUGGUUGCCAUGUCAUUAUGGUGUUCGAUGGACGCCCAUUACCGGCAAAGAAGGUAAUUUGCGUUUCUUAUGACUCUAGGGGUGAAAACGAAGAAGUAUGCAACAAAAAUUUCGAGGUUGCAGAAUACUUGAGAUGGUUCCUUGAGAUUAUCAUGUAUGAUUACUACCCUCAACUACCAGACUCUCAAAAUUUCCUUGGAGAGUAGUU